AUUUAACCCUUGGUUUUUUUCCCCCAUGGUUUUUGUGCGUGAUUGUUUAAGGAUCUGGGUGUAGCUGGUGCAGAGGAGUCAAGCGCAGGACAGCAGAGAUGAGUAACACAAGAAACUUUACUCAAAAUGUCCAUAUACAUGAAGUAAUACCAAGCCCACAAACAUCGGACCGAACUUACAAUAAAACAAUCACUCACAAAAACCAUGGGGGAAAACAGAGGGUUAAAUAAUGAACAUGUAAUUGGGGAAUAGAAACCGUGACAGACAGGCUAGAAGGCCAACCGUAGAGUUACAACAGGACAAUGCAACUGUACGGUUAACUGAAGAAGCCUACUCUCGUUAACCCGUAAACAAAAAAAUUGACACGGUUUACGUGACUUCACUUAUAAAAAUCUAAUCGAAUUCUUAGAAAACGUCCUCGGUCACCUUCCCUCACUCUCAUUUUCCUAUUGACCACAAUUGGUUUCAGCUGUUUUUCCCCUUAUCAACCGUUUUCCGAUAACGUUUUUUUUUAAAUGGCUCAACAAGUGUAUAAGCUUCUCGGUGAGCAGUUGUUUACGUAUAAAGGCCAGGUGUUUCCCGUGGCUGACACGCAUGAAUUAACCACGGAAUAUAUCGACAGCUUGGAACACUUUGAGAUCAAGGACAGUGAUGUUUUCCUUGUCACUUUCCCCAAAUCAGGUACAGUAAUCUAUGUGACCAGGAACCCUAAAGACAUCCUGGUGUCCUACUUCCACUUCACUAAAUUCAUGAAGAAUCUGGACAGUCCAGAAGACUAUGACGAGAUGCUGGACAAGUUCUUCUGUGGAUGGAUGCUUGGUGGCUGCUGGUUCGACCAUGUCAGAGGAUGGUACAACAACCAGGACAAAUACAACAUCCUGUUCCUCAGCUAUGAAGAGAUGAUCAAGGACCUGAGAUCGGUGGUAGAGCGUCUGGCUGAGUUUGUUGGGAAGAGCCUAUCUGAUGCAGCUAUAGACAGCAUAGUGGAGAAAGUCACCUUCAAUAACAUGAAGAAAGAUGACAAGGACAACUAUGAGUUCUUGCCUGAGAUCGUCAAUGACAAGAAGAAGGGGAAGUUCCUACGCAAAGGUACCAUAGGAGACUGGAAGAACUCGUUGACGGUGGCUCAGAGUGAACGCUUUGACCAGAUCUAUCAGGAGAGGAUGAAGGACCUGUCUCUCACCUUCGUCUGGGACAUCACAGAGCUUCACGGCUGAUACAGACACACAGUGGUGGUUCUAGUUUUU